AUGGCGUCCAUGAUUAACGUCGGACACGGUCCAACAGAAGAUAUCAGUGAGCAAUUGCAAACCCAACUUCAAGGUACUACAAUGGCAAACUCGAGCCUAGGGAGCUCAACCCAGGAUUUUUGCUUAGCGGGGGGGCGAGAAAGUUCUGAUUCACCAGCCUUAAACUCUCCGAGAGGUGUGAUUUUCGUCUCAAGAGCCCUCGGUGGCCCGGGGAUCGCCACUGACUCUGAUGAGUUGGUGUCUCUGGCAAUACAACAACACAAUGAUGGCGUAAACUCGGUAUUGCCUACAUCUGUACGAAGACCUGGUGCCGUCUCGCUGGCCUCCGAGCGUCGGUCAGUGCAGUCCGCGCAUGUGUUGCCUCCAAGGGAUGAAGCACUGCAAGAGGAGAAUGCGGAACCUCCUUGCCAGGCCUGCCUUGCAUCCACGACCGCCCCCGUCCAGCCUUCCCAAUCGCAGAAUUGCAUUGUCGUAUCGUCAAACCAGUGCAGCCAGAUUCAUAGCGUCAAUGCUGACCACGGCCACAUUGAAGACAUGGUUUCGCGGAGCGACGACGAAUUGCAUAGAGUAGCUCGACCCGCCUCGGCCCAAGCACCUCCGUCGGAAUGCAGCCGCCCAGUCUCGCGUCGAGGAAGUUUGAUGGAGGGUGUUCAGGAACACCAAGCAGCAGAUAAUAUUCUGCCCAUGGACUCUCGGCUUAGCUCGUCGCCAACUGCUCAAGGAUGGGAUGAAGAGUGCCAGACAAAUAUCAGUGCCAACUACACAGUGAGCCAGCCUGCAGAAGCCUGCGAAGAAAUGGAAAAGUAA